AUUUCCGCUUCCUGUAAAAGGUCGGUGUGACCGGCUUCGAGUUCCUAGUCAGUACGCUGCCAUGUUGUCCCUGGCUGCCCGCUCCGGCUCCUUGGCCCCCUAUCUCUCGGCCACCUCGUACACCGUGGCCGGGCCGCUAAAGCCGCUGGUGUCCGGCUCUGUGCUGCUCGCAGACAAGGCCCUGCUGGAUGUGAAGAGACCCUUCCUGAGCCGGGAGUCAUUGAGUGGCCAAGCACCCAGCGGAGGGCUCUCUGCCACGGCCAGCAUCAACGCCACAUCUUGUGUUCGCUAUGCCCACAGUGAUAUAACUGUCCCAGACUUUUCAGACUACCGGCGGUCAGAUGUAUUGGACAGCACAAAGUCAUCCCAACCCAGCAGUGCUACCAGGAAGACCUUUUCGUACCUGGUCACAGGAGUCACAACCGUCGCUACAGCCUACGUUGCAAAGAAUGCCGUUUCUCAGUUUGUCAGCAGUAUGAGUGCGUCUGCAGAUGUUCUGGCCAUGUCGAAGAUCGAAAUAAAGCUUGGUGACAUACCAGAGGGCAAGAACGUGACUUUCAAGUGGAGGGGAAAGCCCUUGUUUGUCCGUCACAGAACGCAGGCUGAAAUCGAUCAAGAAGCCAAAGUCAGCUUGAGUGAUCUGAGGGACCCUCAGCACGAUCUUGACAGAGUAAAGAAGCCACAGUGGGCCAUCUUGAUUGGAGUGUGCACUCACCUUGGGUGUGUGCCUAUUUCCAAUGCUGGCGAAUAUGGUGGUUAUUAUUGCCCAUGCCACGGAUCACAUUACGAUGCCUCUGGUAGAAUUCGCAAAGGUCCUGCCCCGUUAAAUCUUGAAGUUCCAGAAUAUGAAUUUCCUUCUGAUGAUAUUGUCAUAGUUGGGUAGACUUUGAAAUUCCAUUAAAUUAUAUAAGCAAGUGAUUUCCUUUUGCUCAUAUCACCAUUAAGGAUAAGUGUCAUUAUCUCUAAGAUGCUUUUAAAAUAAAAAUCACUUGGUGUUUAACAUUUUAAUAAACCAUCCCACUGAAGGUUAAUAUUUGUUUGAUUUGUGCUUUAUGUAUUGAUGAAAACAGUGGGCCCAUUAUGUGAAUCUUAAUAUGCAAUUUAAUGUUUUUAAAUAGGUGUUGUAAAAUCAGAAGCCUGUACAGAGAAAAAUAUUAAAUUCUAAUUUUCAAUUAUA